AUGCCCUUGCCCAAUGUCACUGAGGCCCACCCUCUUUCCUUCCUGUUGCUGGGGAUUCCAGGACUGGAAGCUGCACAGUUCUGGCUGGGCUUUCCAUUCUGUGUUGUGUAUCUGAUCGCUCUUGUUGGAAACUUUAUCAUUCUGUUUGUCAUAUGGACUGACAGGAGCCUUCACCAACCCAUGUUCUACUUUCUGGCUAUGCUGUCUAUGAUUGACCUAAGUCUCUCUACUGCUACCAUCCCUAAGAUGUUGGGCAUCUUCUGGUUCGGCCUCCAGGAGCUGUGCUUUGGAUGUUGUGUUGCUCAAGUCUUUUUCAUCCAUUUCUUCACAGUCAUGGAGAGCAUCAUACUCCUUGCUAUGGGCUUUGAUCGUUAUGUGGCUAUUUGCAACCCUCUCAGGUACACCAUGAUCCUCACCAACAGAGUCAUCGUUGUGAUUGCUGUGGUUGUGGUUAUAAGAAGCCUAUGCAUGAUUGUUCCCAUCAUUUUUCUCCUCCUGAGACUGCCUUACUGUGGACACAGAAUCAUCCCACAUACCUACUGUGAGCACAUGUCUGUGGCCAAGGUAUCCUGUGGCAAUGCCAAGGUCAAUGCAAUCUAUGGCCUUAUGGUGACUCUACUGAUUGGUGUGUUCGACAUUUGCUGUAUCUCUGUGUCUUACACUAUGAUACUUCGAGCAGUGGUGAGUCUGUCCUCUUCAGAUGCUCGUCACAAAGCCUUCAGCACCUGUACAUCUCACAUCUGUGCUAUUGUGAUUACAUAUGUGCCUGCCUUUUUUACUUUCUUCACUCAUCGUUUUGGAGGACACACUAUUCCCCAUCACAUCCACAUCAUAGUAGCCAACCUCUACCUGCUACUGCCCCCAACCAUGAAUCCAAUUGUUUAUGGUGUCAAGACCAAGCAGAUUCGGGAAAGUGGAAUCAAAUUUUUACUCGGAGACAAAAUGGGCAUUACCUAA